UUUGCAAAAUCAGUAGAACGGGAACCUCCUUCCAGAGGCUUCAUCAAAUUCUCUCUCUUCCCACAUUCAUUCUACUGUAAAUCUCCAUUAAUUUCAAUGGCAGUCUCUCUCUCAGUAUCAAUCAUAAGCACAAGCACAAGUAGCCUUUCUUUAAUUUCAAGUGCUAACCAAAAGUACCCUUUUUCUAAAUCCCACAAAUCCUUAAUCUUUCCUAUCCAAUCUUCUCCCAUAUUUAACCAUCUUUCUAUUUCAAAUUCUCUCUCUUCUCCUGCUCCUCUUCUUCUUCACAACCGCCAUGAUUUCAGGUGCUGCUUCGCUAACAUUAUGGAUGAAGGAAUGCAAGAGGAGGAAGAUGGGGAAAUGGGGGAGACAGGUGCUAAGAAGAUGUGGGAAAGUGUUGAAACUCUCACUAAAUAUUAUAAGGAGGCUGUUUUAGCUGGGGAUUAUCAGACCAUUACAGAAAUAGAAACUGUAUUAUUAAGACUAGAAACCGAAAAGAUCAAAUUGGAUGAGAGAUUAUCAACAUUGACAGAAGAGAUAACUUCUGGGAAGGAGAAGUUUAUCCGAUUGCAAGCCGAUUUUGAUAAUUUUAGAAGGAGAUCGGAGAAGGAGAGACUUUCAGUUCGAAGCAAUGCACAAGGGGAAGUUAUUGAGAGUCUUCUGCCAAUGGUGGACAAUUUUGAGAGGGCGAAGCAACAGAUCAAACCAGAAACAGAUAAGGAAAAACAGAUUGAUACGAGUUAUCAAGGUAUUUACAAGCAGUUUGUAGAGAUCAUGAGGAGUUUGCGUGUUGCUGUCGUUGCAACAGUAGGGAAGCCUUUCGAUCCAUCGUUGCACGAGGCCAUUGCCAGAGAAGAGUCUGAAGAAUUCAAGGAAGGCAUUAUAAUUCAAGAAUUCAGACGUGGUUUUCUCCUUGGUGAUCAACUUUUAAGACCAGCGAUGGUAAAAGUUUCUUCAGGUCCUGGUAAGAAGAUAGAUAAAACAACCAAUCAAAUGUCCUUGGAGCAAUCCGCCACAGCUGCUGGCAUGGAUGAACAUUGAUACACAAUGCGAUAUUGAAUGUGAAGAACUUUCGGCUUAAUAUCUUUACUAUAAUGAUUCGUUAGUUGUGAUAGUUCAUGAUAUAUUUUAGGCUUCUUAGCAUUCAUCCACCCUUUUGUGAACAUACACACACAGGGAAAGCAUCCAUAAUUAUGUCAUGCUGCAUUCUGCUGAAGUAGAUGUUUACAAAAAAAAAA